GUCGCCCUAGGAUGGUGUCAGGCGAUGAGUUGAGCAACGCCAUCGAAGGUUUAGACGAAGCUGACUUGUCCUGGACCCUAGAUAUGUUUGAUGACAUCAGAACCAGUCAGCUGUCGCAUGAUGACUUACUAACCGAUGCUGUGUCUGAAUUCAUGAAGCAUAAGGUGGAUUUGCCGGACAUCGACCUUCUUCGUGAAAAUGGUGAGUGUGUGCCAUCUUGUUAUUUCUUCCAGUUAAUAUCGAUGAUUUACUCACUGAAGACAUAGACAUGAGUUUUAUUGAAGACCCUGAGGUUGUUCUCGAAGCUGCUCGCUCUACGGUUGAAUCAGGACAUUCAAGUGGAUAUACCUCUGGUGGCUCGUCAUCUGGUGCUCCGUCUCCAAACAGUUCUUCAUCAAAGACAGGCUCUGCAGCUAGCCUAUCUCAGUCUCUCUCCAGUUCUGGUGUAUUUGAUGUCCAACCGAGAUUGAAGAAAGUAAAGGUCGAAUGUAGUGAACCGAUUUUACAAAGUGGCUUCCGGGCUGUUCCUGAAGGCAGAGCUCAUUUACAGCUGAAGCCAACACUAUCCACUGUGUCUACUUCGGGCAACAACCGUGUUCGUUUUAUUGUGAGGCCCAACCGUGUCAUAAAUAUACAGGCAAAGAACAAGCCAGUUGUGGACAGUCCCAUCUACAACAACGCCAGUCGUCUUCACUCACUGUCCAAAUCUCAUCUGCACACGGUCUCUGUAGAAUCGAAAGGUAGGUGGCCAACUUUUGUCAUCCUUUCGAGCCGCUUUCGCUCUCCAGGUGGACGUCCAAUGUCGUACAGUACAAAAAAUCCAGGUAUAGUUCACUUUGUGAAAACAGUGGAUGGAUCGCUCAAACCAGCUCAGUCACCAACCCAUCGUGGAUCCAUAUCUAGUUCCGAUUCGGAUAUGCGAGACAGUGUUGACGAAGAUAGUGCGAAUGCUCUUUCGGAUUUACCAGAGCCUCGUUUCGGGGCUUAUGAAUUCUCCAAUACCUCUACUGUCUCUCGAAUAAAAACAGAGUCUGGAAGAGGAUAUAGUGGCGUCUGCUCUAGUAGCCCCGUUUCUCGUAUCUCUGGAUUAAACUAUCUCCCAUUGGAUGACUCAACCGACGGACAAUAUUUUCAGGCUUCCAGAUUGUCCGCACAAAAUGCCGUUCUCCGGGGACAGCCUUCCACAAAGGGAAAAAGCCCCACACGGAUCGAACGGAGUGAUGUAUCCCAACCGGGUAUCCUGGUACUAACAGACGAGGAGAAGCGUACUCUUCUGGCUGAAGGUUAUUCCAUCCCAACACGUUUGCCUCUUUCGAAACAAGAGGAACGUAAUUUGAAAAGGGUACGCCGAAAGAUUAAGAACAAAAUUAGUGCUCAAGAAAGCCGCCGAAAAAAGAAGGAAUACGUGGAGGCUUUGGAGAGAAAAUUAAAUGCAUGUGCACAAGAAAACAUGGAUUUAAAGCGGCGCAAUGAUGGCCUCGAAAGUACCAAUCGCUCACUUCUCGGUCAGCUCCGUUUGAUGCAGCAGUUAUUAAACAAAUCCAAGACCACAUCUGCUGGUGCUACUGGCACCACCGCUGUUUCGAAUAGUCACACAAGCAAUUCGGAGGGUCCCAAGGCUGGUUCGCGUCACACCUCAGGCAAUGGAAGUGUUGGAUCUGCUUCCACGUGUCUAAUGGUGUUUGCACUCUGUUUUGCUGCCUUACUGGUUGGUCAACCCCCCGACUUGAACAGCCAUACAUCAGUCGGUCUGACCUUUGGUCCUCACCCACACAGUUUGUUAAACAAUCUAAUUACCAAUGGCCCCGGAUCACUUAGUCACAUCGGUUACACUUGGUCCACACAUCGCGACUACGAUGCUGUAUCCAUUUCGAAACAUGCUAACCGGCAUCACGGUUCCAACUGUUCUGCUUUUUCUCUGUCCAACGCACGUGAUCGGCACAUCGACCGUGUUCGGCGGACCAAAUGGCGUGACGAUAUCAUGUCUCGAUUGGACAAGCGGCGUCCGCUUCCACAACAACCAGCAGUACAAACACCAGUCCCACGAUCUCGUCUUCUGGGUGCCCCCAGCGAGUUAGAUGAAUGCAUUGCGGCACCGCGCUCGUUCUGGUCCUACUUAUUUGGAAUCCCUCCUCAGCCUGCGGCAAUCUGUGUUGGCGGAAUUCACCCGAAUCAUGAUGCGGAGAGUGAAUUUGUUCUGGAGUUCCAGUAUGCAGGCUUGCAUUCACCUGAUGACCCCACUUUGCUUCCGGAGAACCGGAGUGACAACACUCAAAAUGGUUUAUGGUUCAAGCCAACUAUUCCUAUGGUUUCCAUAUCACCACCAACUAACUUCUCUUCGGUAGGUCUUGUGAUGACUAGCGCGUAGUUGGAGGACCUCAGCCACCCACUGUAUAGCUCCCUGUCUACUUCACCAUGCAUUGUGUGUCUUUGUGUGCAUAUAUUCCCAGCUCCCCGUGCAAUUCACCGCCCUGUCCUGAUAACCUCCCAGUGAAUGGCCCGGUUCCCUUUUCUUUUUUGUCUUGUAUUUUUGCGCUGAUUUGUUUAGGGAGUUCCAUUUUCUUCAUCAAAGCUAUCUUUCACAUCGAUCGAUCAGAUGGUGAACGGUGAUUAAUUGUGAUCGAUCGGUCCUUCCCACCUGUACAGUCCCCCACUCGCUUCUAACCCCGUUGUAUGUGUAUUUCGUUCUAUUUUUACUCAUUAUUUCGUGAUUUGUUGUGACUUGUUAUCUUCUUCAAACAACUAUCACCACCCUUGCUAAUAAUACUAGGUGUUUUUAGAGCCUUCUGAACUGCCAUGUAUAUCACUGGUUGAUUCUUGUUAUCUCUUCAACUAUCUCCUUCCUUGAUCAAUAAUUGUGACUUUUUGCACGCUGUGAUUUCCUCUUUUUGGUGUUGAAACUGGUUAGCUAUGCAUACGCAUUUACGACCUGCAUGUUCCAGAAAUGUCACACUGUCUUGUUGGCACAGAUUCGGUUUACGAUGGAUUAUUGGACUUUACCUUUUGAUUCUGAUCGAUGGGCUACAAAGUUUGGCUGCUUGGUCCAGCAACUGUUGUGAUGAAAAAACGGGAAUAA